CUUGCGUAGUAUCCGGUAGUAUCCCGCUUGUUGCCAUGGUAACGGAUCUUAAAAAUUAGGAACUGACAAAAAACGCAGGGUGUGAUAUCGAAAAGUGCUACCCAUCUAGAUGGUGCUCUGGCGAAAUGCUUACUCUAAAAUCUUGAAUAAAGGUUUUAUUAAAGAGUAUAAAAACAUGCUUUCCGCCUCAUUUCAUAGCAAAUGCAGCACGUUGUGGUGUUUUAAAGUGAUUCUGUACUGGGAGCAUUAUUUGAAAGGAGAUUAUUUUCCAUCGAGAUAUGCAACCCCUAAAAUCUUCAAUCAAAAGUACCAAAACUUGCUCCCCAUACUCCGAUAAUGCAUAUGAGGAUAGUAAUGAAUUAAUGAUAGAGUUAGUUUGUAUUGGUAGAAUUUUUUAUACAGGAUUGUCGUUUUUUUUCCCAAUUGUAGCAUUUUUUCGACACGGCAGCACAUCUCGACAGAACACCCUUAUAACCCCCCUCCGUCUGCUUUUGGCGGGAAUCCAAGCGAACUCCGACGACGCUAGCCUAGCUGAGUUAGCUGAACUGUCACUCUCUCUCACGGUUAAUUUGUCUUUUUGGUUUUAGUCUCACUAAUAGAGUAACUUAAGUUAGGGGUCGUUACUCAGGACUGAUUAACUUCGAUCUUUAAUCGAAAAUAAGUCGUGUGAAUCUGUUUAUAACUUUCCUUUUUCAAAAAUUAACAACCUAUUAGUAAGUAGCCGAAGCUAAGGCUAGCACCGUUAACCUGGUAGCAUUCUCUUGAUUUAAAGGUAAAGGUGGCUGCCUUUUAAUCUACUUUUCAUCGACAGACUAGAUUUUAAAAUGGCUUCAGCACGAAAACAAAUGAAGAAAAAACACCCCGAGGAGAAAUCAGAUAAGAAAGUGUUUGAUUUUACUGAAGAGGAUGAAAAGAAAGAGCUGAGCGCUUCAGAGGAUGAAGCCAGAGAAGAUGAAACUCCAAUAGUGGACAAGAUGGCCAAGAAGAGACCUGCAGCUGACUUUGAAGAGGAGGGGGCUGAAUGUGCUGUGGGCAAUGAGGUUCAGUCCAUGUUGGAGCGCUUCGGAGCUGAUAUCAGUAAAGUGAUGCAGUCCAAAAAGAAACGUCUGGAGUCUCUGACAAAGAACUACAUGAAGGGAAGCCAACACAAACUGGAGCAGCUGUGGAACACCUACCACACACAAAGGCAGAAGAUGACUCAGCAGUACUCUCAGCAGGUGUCCACGGCGCUGCAGCAGUGGGAGACUGAAGCCCAGCGAGCCGAGGAGCAGGAGGAGAAGCUCAAUAAUCUUUUCAGACAGCAGCAGAAGAUCCUGCAGCAGGCUCGAGUCGUUCAGAACCAGAAACUAAAGACUGUCAGACAGCUGUACGAGCAGUUUGUUAAGAACAUGGAGGACAUGGAGAAGAGCCACAAUGCUUUCCUGCAGGGGGCGCAACAAGAGCUGAAGAAGGAGAUGGCCACCCUACAGAAGAAGAUCCUCAUGGACACACAACAGCAGGAAAUGGCCACGGUCCGUAAGUCUCUGCAGUCCAUGCUGUUCUAGUCGACUGCGAAGAGGUAGCCUCCACUUUAACGAUGCAUUCUGGGUAAUUUACCACAGGUUCUUUUGUUGUAAACGUCUCGUGUUGUCAUGGUGAUACACUGUGACUUUGUUCUGUGUUCUGUUACAGAGUUUGGGAUUUAUGUAACUUGUUUUUUUUACCAGUUUAAUUAAUUUAUUACAGCUGACUGUUCUGUCUCUUACAGUUUGUUUUAGUUUAUUCAGAGAGACAGGGGUUAGGGUUAGACGCUCACGUCUCAUAAAGUCUGGACUGCUUGUAAACGCUACAACAAAUGUUUAAAAAGUUUCAUUCAACAACAGAUAUCUUCUUUAUCUUCGUCUGAAUUAUUUGAUGUAAAACAAAAGAUUAAAAUAAUCCCGGUCAUGUUUCUAAACCUGUGAAAUCACCUUUUGAGAAAAAUAUGAAUAAACAAACAACUCUUUU